AUGCUGGCCUGGAACUUGGGGGUGGAGGAGGAGGUGGUCCCAUUGAUGCAGUCCUGGAACUUGGGGGUGGAGGAGGAGGUGGUGCCAUUGAUGCCGGCCUAGAACUUGGAGGUGGAGGAGGAGGUGGUGCCAUUGAUGCCGGCCUGGAACUUGGAGGUGGAGGAGGAGGUGGUGCCAUUGAUGCUGGCCUGGAACUUGGAGGUGGAGGAGGAGGUGGUGCCAUUGAUGCCGGCCUGGAACUUGGAGGUGGAGGAGGAGGUGGUGCCAUUGAUGCCGGCCUGGAACUUGGAGGUGGAGGAGGAGGUGGUGCCAUUGAUGCCGGCCUGGAACUUGGAGGUGGAGGAGGAGGUGGUGCCAUUGAUGCCGGCCUGGAACUUGGAGGCGGAGGAGGAGGUGGUGCCAUUGAUGCAGGCCUGGAACUCGGAAGCGGAGGAGGAGGUGGUGCCAUAG